AUGAAUUGCAAGGAACAGUAUUUCAUUGCCCCUAAGCUGGCAGUCGCAGGGCUCAUGAUGUAUUCUCAAAGUGCUGCUUGGCGUUUAACGGUUCAUCGUGACUCUUCCUCUCUUCAAGUUUCUAUGGAUUCUAACAUGGACGAGUGUUCGAUCGCUAUCCCUUAUUGUUUCACUGGCUCGUUAAUGUAUCUCAAUGAGGCAACCCUUUUAAAUAAUUGUCGACUUCGAUAUGCCAGAAAACAAAUUUAUGUUUGUUCUUUUUGA